AUGAACGGAAUGUGGAUUUUAUCAAUUGUUUUAAUUGCAGCUGUCUUUGAUGCAGCACUUGGUUGCACCCAUACCCAUUCAGCUGCUCUUUCACAAAUCAAAUCAGUCGGUAUCGGAAUUUCAUCAUCAGGUGGCUGCAGCAACCGUAAUAAUCCUAAAUGCACAUCACUUGAAUCCGUUCGAUGCAAUGUCAUUCGUUGCUUGAAAACAUUGAAAACCUCAUCAGGCUGUUCAAUCACAGUCACCGGAGGCACAGAAACUGGUCAUGCUGGUGGCACAUACUCCCAUUCUAACGGAUACAAAAUUGAUAUUUCACUCAAUUCAUGUAUCAACAACUACGUCACCUCACAAUUCUCUUACAUCGGCAAACGUGGUGAUGGUGCUGCUCAAUACAAAGCAUCAAGUGGUAAUGUUUAUGCUAAAGAAGGCAAUCACUGGGAUAUCACAUUCACUGCUACAUGUUAA